CCCUGAAUGAUUAAAGCAGUUUAAGAAAAAUGAGGGGUGUUUUUUUGAUAAACCUACUUUUGUGUAUUUAUGAGACUUUUGGACAAAAGACAUUACCUGAAAAUGACAAGACAGCCGUGUUACCGAGUACAACCUCCAGCAAACAAUUCAAAAUUAUACGGGAUAUCUUAAAUCAAGAAAGUUUAUCGCGAUUCUCAAUGAUACAGAAAAUUGAGACCUUGGUGAUGGAUGCAAUUGAUAGCAAAAACUUUAGUCAGGCCCUUGAGAAAAGGCUUAGCGAAGUUGUAAAGGAAUUAGGUGAUUUGAAAAUAAAUGACGACAUAUUACAGGAAGAGAACACAAAGCUCAAAGAAGAAAUAAAGGAUCUUUAUUUGAUACUCAAUAAUUAUACAAGGGUCGAAGUAGCAAACGUACAAAGCCUUAAUGAUUCGGAAAUUUUAUAUCUCAUGAGGAAAACUUCAUUUGUGGAAAAUCAAAUUCAAACAUUAUCGUUACAGAAUUUGGAUAUAAAUAAACAGUUAGUAUAUUUGAUGAAAAGAGAUCUGAACUCUCUUAAGAAUGAAACAAUAGGUCUAAAUGAGAAAUAUGACAAAAUGCUGCAAGAGAACUAUGCUUUUCAAAAUCAAAGUAUGAUGAAUGGAAGAAAAUCCGCCCGUUUAAUCGAGCGUCUUUUGUCGAUGGAAAAUGGUUUGCGGACUCUUGUGGAGUCUUUUAAUAAAACAAUGGAAAAUUAUCAUCAAAAGGCAACAGAUGUUAAAGCGAAGGAUUUCCGUGCCACAAAUUGUGAAAAGGGUUGGGUCCAGUUUGAGGAAAACUGCUACCUUUUCUUAAGGACGGAAUACUAUUUUAAAGAUGCUGUGGAUUAUUGUAACAGAGCCGCAGCUGGUGCUCACCUCAUUGAAAUUAAAUCUUCACGUGUAGAAAACUGGAUUAAUCUGCAGCUCAAGAUACGAGGUUUUCAAAAUGCCUGGAUUGGAUUGACAGAUAUACUCAGUGAAGGCAGCUUUGUCUUUAUCUCAACUGGAAGUAAACCAUCAUACACGAAUUGGCACGAAAACGAACUUAACAAUGUAGGGAAGGUAGAACACUGUGUUGAGAAGUAUAGGACAGGAUUGAAAUGGAACGAUAGACCCUGUGACGUAAAACGUCCCUUUGUUUGUGAGCUGGGUCUUUAAAAAGAUUACCUUCUACCUUAUCAACGUUUUCUAGUGAGGUG